AUCGCUACUAGAAUUAAGAUUAUAUAAAUAGAUACUAUAUUUAUUUUUAAAGUUUAUAUUUUUAUUGUGAAUUAUAAGUUGUUUCAAUUUUUUUAUGUACAAUAUGGAAACCAAAGUAGCAAUAGUCACAGGUAGUAACAAAGGCAUAGGAUUCGAGAUCGUCAAAGGCCUAUGUCGAAAGAUUGGUGCUGUUUAUCUAACUGCAAGAAACGAGGAAAGAGGGCGACAAGCUGUAGAGAAACUAGAAAAGUUGGGCCUCCGCCCUUUAUUCCAUGUCCUAGACGUAACAAGCGAGUCGAGCAUACAAGAGUUCGCAGAUUACAUUUCUAAACAUCAUUCUGGAAUCGACAUAUUAGUGAACAACGCCGGUGUUUUAGAUUUCGAUAAAUCAGUUACAUCCUACGAAGAUGCCAAAAGGCUCAUGGAUACAAAUUUCUAUAGCCUUCUUACAAUAUCAAAAAUCUUGUAUCCACUUUUAACAAAUAACGCUCGUAUUAUUAAUCUGAGCAGUGACUGGGGCCUGCUGUCAAACAUCAGGAAACAAGUGUGGCUCGACACAUUAGUAAAGGAAGAUCUCACUACUGAUGAGAUAUUACAAUUUGUUGAAGACUUUUUGCAAGCUGCUAAGAAUGGAAAGAGUUCAUAUGUGUCUUUUGGAGGGCAUUAUUGUGAUUAUAAAGUGUCAAAAGUUGCAUUGUCGGCCCUUACGUUUGUGCAGCAAAAAGAAUUUAUUAAGCAAGGAAAAGACAUAUCUGUAAAUUGUGUUCAUCCGGGCUUUGUUAAAACCGACAUGACCAAAGGAAUGGGUGAUUUUUCUCCAGAGCGUGGGGCUAAAGCUCCUCUAUACUUAGCGGUAGACGCUCCACAGUCCCUCAAGGGCACAUUUGUGUGGCACGAUUGUCACCAAGUGAACUGGGAUGAUUAAAGAUAAAAGAGUUUUGAAUAUUGUUUUAAAUUCUGUGAUAAAAGUGUCACACACACUUAAACUAAUAUAUGUGUUUUUAGCAUUUGCUUAUUUUCAUUAUUAUAAAGGUUUAUUCAUAUUAGCCGCCCUGCAGCUCCAAGCUAUUUAUAUAAAUUAAUAUGCAGCUAUGGGUCUGCUGAAGUUGUGUGAUACAAAUGCAAGGGAGUUUGUGGCAGUUUAGUUAAUGAUUUCUUAGAAAUGAUAUAUAAGAAUUAUGUGAAAAGUAUAUUAUAAAAUUAUUAUUAUACUGCUUCAGAGAGCCCAUUAGAGAGCAGCCUUUGCCCAACAGUGGGAGGUAUAUAAUUUCACUUUACCGAUUUUUAUAACCAAAGCUAAAUUAUUUUGAAAUCCUGUUGCGCUUGUGCUUACAAUUUAAAAAAAUCUGCCACUAGCUCUUCAGCUUAAUUUGUAUGAGUUAAAGUUAGUAAAAUAACUGCAUGAAUGUGGAGGCUAAUUUGGAUUCAUCCUUAAUAAAAAUAUUUUAUAAUCUUGUUGUAAAUAAAGUUAUCAAUAAUGUGAUCUGUACACAUGGUCCAUUACACCCAGUAAUGAGGUUGUAAUAACUGACAGACUGAAACCACAAGAAAACCAACAUUAUUUAAUUUAAAGUAAUUUAUUGUUGGUAUUAAAGUAUUGAAUGAAAAUUU